AUGGCUUCUCCGCCUCAAGUCGUGGAGGAUCAGGCACGACUCCUCGAAGAUGCCUUGAAUGUUGUUCGUCAACAAACACAACUUAUGCGACGAUGUUUAGAAAGUCCAGGGAAGCUUAUGGAUGCUUUGAAGUGCAGUUCAACACUUGUCUCCGAGCUUCGAACGAGCAGUUUAGGGCCGAAGCAGUACUAUGAGCUAUACAUGGCAGUAUUUGAUGCCUUGCGACACCUAUCCUCUCACCUCAAAGAUUCCCAUCCCACUCAUCAUCUCGCCGACCUGUACGAGCUUGUUCAAUAUGCUGGAAACAUUGUUCCUCGACUUUACUUGAUGGUAACAGUCGGUACAGUCUAUAUGGGGGUGCCAGAAGCGCCAGUUAAGGAAAUCAUGAAGGAUAUGAUGGAAAUGAGUCGUGGAGUACAACAUCCCACUAGAGGAUUAUUCCUCAGAUAUUACCUAUCCGGACAAGCUCGCGAACAUCUACCCCAAGGGGAUGGUGAUGGACCAGAAGGAAAUCUGACGGAUUCGAUAAGUUUUGUUCUUACAAAUUUUGUGGAAAUGAACAAGCUAUGGGUACGGCUACAACAUCAAGGCCAUUCCCGAGAAAGAGAGAUGAGGACACAAGAGAGGAAAGAACUUCAGUUACUGGUCGGAAGUAAUCUAGUUCGAUUAAGUCAAUUGGUGGAUCUGGAAGUCUACAAGAAUACGAUUCUCCAGCCACUGCUUGAACAAGUAGUGCAAUGUCGGGAUGUUCUAGCCCAAGAAUAUUUGCUAGAAGUAAUCACACAGGUCUUCCCUGAUGAAUAUCACCUACACACCUUGGAUCAAUUCUUAGCGGCUGUAUCGAGAUUGAAUCCUCAUGUAAACAUGAAAGUCAUUGUCAUAGCUAUGAUGGAUAGACUUUCUGCAUAUGCUGCACGAGAAUCAGAAUCGACUUCUGGAGUAGACCGCGAGAAGUUAGAGCAGGAGGCUGUUACUAAGUUGCUCGAAACAACCCGGCUGAAUAAGGAGAGCAAGGCUGCUGAGUCGAAGCCAGACUCAACUCCGGCACCGGAGUCCUCAGAGUCAAACGGUGAUGGCCCGUCGACUGAGACAAAUGGAGCCGACACAGACUCGAAACCCAAUGAACAAACUGAUGAUAGUCUCAGCUUAGCUCCAACUGAAGUUGAUACUCAGUCUGUUGCUGAGACAACUGUUAAUGAUGGUGCCAAUGACAGACCAAAUGUCGUUCCUGAGAACAUCAAGCUGUAUGAGAUCUUCUUUGACCAAGUAAUGCAUCUUGUUGCUUCUCAGCGCUUGUCCGUACAAGAUACCUUAGCAUUGUUGGUGUCUUUAGUCAAUUUGGCACUAAAAGUUCAUCCCGAUCGUCUAGAUUACGUCGACCAGGUACUGAACUAUGCCUCAGAAAGGGUUAAAGCAUAUGCCAACACCCCUGAGUUACAUUCUCCAGAGGCACAGAAAAAUAUUCUAAACUUGCUUCUAACACCAAUCAACUCCUACGCUUCUAUUUUUACAGCCUUGUCGCUUCCAACUUAUAUCCCACUACUACAGCUUCAAACAUAUCCAACACGUCGAGCUGUCGCUGGCGAGGUCGCUCGCACUUUACAAGCCAAUUCAACCAAAAUCUCUACUAUCGCCUCGCUAGAGGGAGUUCUCGAAGUUCUAAAGGUUCUGAUCAAGGAAGGAUCUCAACCCCCAGCUAGUUACGCUGGCGUACAGCGCAAAUCCGUUGAGACUGAUGAAACGAUAGAAGAGCAGGGAUGGUUGGCUAGAAUCGUUCAUCUUAUCCAUAACGAUGACAACGAUACACAGUUUAAGCUUCUGCAAACUACCAAGGCCGCUUAUUCGGAAGGGAAUGAGCGUGUGAAGUUUACAACUCCAGCUCUCAUAACUUCAGCCAUGAAGCUUGCAAGACGUUUCAAGACCAGAGAACACUAUGAUGAUAACUGGGAGUCACAAAUAUCGGCUCUCUUCAAGUUUAUGCAUUCAGCUCUUUCAACUAUGUAUACACGAGUGUCUGGGUCUGCUGAGCUUUGUUUGAGGCUCUUUGUGGCUUGUGGACAAAUUGCUGAUCAAACAAAUUUUGAAGAGGUUAGCUACGAGUUCUUCGCCCAAGCAUUCACUAUCUACGAAGAGAGUGUCAGCGACUCUAGGGCUCAAUUCCAAGCAGUUUGUGUUAUUGCGUCUGCUCUGCAUGAAACACGAAAUUUCAGCAAGGAGAACUAUGAUACUCUCAUUACCAAAUGUGCUCUACAUGGUAGUAAGCUAUUGAAGAAGCCUGAUCAAUGUCGUGCUGUAUUCUUAGCAAGUCACCUUUGGUGGGCUGUACCCAUCGCAGCAAAGGGGGAGACAGACGAAAAGAAUCUCUAUCGUGAUGGAAAGCGUGUUCUUGAGUGCCUUCAACGUGCGCUCCGCGUUGCAGAUGCAUGUAUGGAUACUGCUGUCUCGGUGGAACUUUUUGUUGAAAUUCUCAAUCGUUAUGUAUAUUAUUUCGAGCAAGAGAAUGAAGCCGUUACAACCAAAUAUUUAAACGGUCUUAUUGAAUUGAUCCAUUCAAACCUUCAGGGCAAUCAAGAUUCUGCCACAAUUAACGAACCAAGAAAGCAUUUCCAACGUACUUUGGAUAAUAUUACUUCUCGAAACUAUGAAGGUGUAGUAACAGCAGCUGCACCUUAA